UUAUCCUCUAUGUUUGGUCACCAGUUCCAACCAUGAACUGCGUCCUCCACCUCAAGCCUCACCUUCGCAUCUCGAUGAAUGGCCACCGCCCCGUUCGAUCCCCUACACCACCAUCACCACCACCACCACCACCUUCAAAGCUCCAAUCGAACUCAUCACCCCUCAAUCACGCACCAACAGCAGCCACCGUCAAAUCCGAGGCCCCGACACCCGUGGAAAAGGAGAAAGCGGAAACCAUCCCUGACGCUGAGCUCCCGAGGUGGUUGCUCCUCGGUGGCGCUUCUCUCGGCCUCGCGCUUCUUCUCAUGGGGAUCGACCCGCAGCGCCAGGCUCUGGCCCUGGGGCCCGAAGGCCCUCUGAUGGAGGAGUUCUGGGACAACGUCCGGCGGUACGUCCUGUACGCGCUCACGGUCAGCACCGGAGCCAUCUACACCAUAUCGCAGCCUAUCAUUGAGCUGCUGAAGAACCCCAUCACUGCCGUUCUCAUCGUCGUCUUGUUGGCCGGCGCUUUCUACCUCUUGUCUCAGGUGCUGAGCGCCAUGGUCGGUAUCUCCGAGUUCUCUUAUGACUAUGCAUAUUGAGUCGCUCGGUGUUUGACAUGAUUGGUGAUGAAUGCUGCAAUCUGUUUCUCCUUCCCCUGCUGAAUCCAUUAGCAUGUAUCUUUCCUGAUCA